AUGACUUCUGGAGAAGUGAGCAUUUGUCUCAUUCAUUCAUUUGAGCAUUGCAGUUUCAAACCUGUAGUAUAUCAUGGAGUUAAUUUGGACCAAGCUAUAAGGGAACUUAUAAUAUUUCUAAAACAAGAUGUACUGAAGAUAACUCAUCAAGCACAUAAAUCAAAGGCAAAUUAACUUGUGUUUGAAAAUGUCAGAACCCUGUUAAAAGAAGGCAGCACUCUCAAAGCUGUGAGAAUCCCCACUGAAACUGAAAUUGCAUUCUUCUGUGAAGAGGAUUAUGAGAACUGCGACGCUCAUCCGAUUUCAUCCUAG